GAGAGGGGGCUUGUGUACAACUGGAUUUCAAUAGGUGAGGGAGGGUGAUAAAAUUGAUAUGGCCAAGGCAAUGGGAAAAAAUUCUUCUGGAUUCUGAGAGUACAGCUAUGAUGAACAUGCCAAAUAGGGCUAGAUAGUGCUUGGCAGGGUGUGUGCUGCUGAGGGGCAGAAUCAUUUUAAUAUCCUGUAUUCAAGGAAAUGUUCUGCAACCCUGUGCAGGUGACAGCACAGGGACAGGACAGUGGGGAGCCAUCUGCAGCCAUUGCUCUCCCUGAACCAGUGUUGCAGCUAUUGAUUUGGAACUUGCCCCGUUUACUCUCACCUUGGCAGUGCCAGCUCGACCCUUAGCAGUGCUGAUAAACCCUGCCACAACCUCCUGUCCCAUCCUGGUGGUGUCACACUGUGAGGUGCCGUGGUGACAGAUUUUUCCUGCCACUCUACCCUUGCACCAGCUGCUCUUUUGCUGCGAUGUUCUAAACCCAGGAAACCUCUCUCCUAUUUUUGCACAGAGGCUGCAGCCAUACCAAUAUUUUUAACCUAUUGUGGGUGCCCAUCCCUUGCUAAGUGUUUUGUGUGAGGAAGGAUGCAGUGCCGGCUGCAAACGCUUUUCCACAGGAAAUUUAAAAUCAGCCUUCUCCUUCUUCUGCUCUUGGCCCUUCUUGUGCACCUGGUGAUGGAUUUUGCUCUCUCCACAACCCAUAGGCCCUGUGGCUGCGAUACAAAAACAUCAAAAGUCAUGGGUGUCCUGUCAGGCAGACCCAUGCCAGCCAGCCUCAAAAAGCUGAGCCUGAGAAUCCUUCAGGAUUUCAGUGGAAGCAACGGCUCCUUGGAGAAAAGUUCCCAGCCACAGAGAGCAGGGCUGCACUUGAGGGCUGGAGAGCCAGGAGUCCAGCAGCAGCAUGAAGAGGGGAAUGCAGGGUGGACCAAGGGAUCAAAGCUGGCAGCACUCUUCGAGCAUCCUCUCUACAACAUCCCAGUCCCAGAGGUGACAGAAAAAGACAAGCUGUUUAUCAUCAACCCCAUGGAGAAGUUCAGCCUGCGCAGCAGCGAGAGCAAUGAAUGGGUCAGCAGCAGUAAAGCCGAGACGCUCCUCCCGACAGGGAAGACAGCCUAUGACACCUACCCCACCUGGCUCAAAUUCCACAUCGGCAUCAACCGCUAUGAGCUGUAUCCCCGCCGGGACCCCUUGUUGCCCACGCUCCUCCAGGAUUUGGCCACGCAAAGGAUCGUCAGUUCAGUCCAGAAGUCCGGCGGGACCCAGCUCAAGCUUAUCAUGACGUUCCCAAACUAUGGGCAGGCCCUCUUCAAGCCCAUGAAGCAGACCCGGGACCAGGAGACUCCCAUUGAUUUCUUCUACUUCUCAGACUUUGAGCGGCACAAUGCAGAGAUUGCAGCCUUCCACCUGGACAGGAUCCUGGAUUUCCGUCGAAUCCCCCCAGUUUCUGGCCGUUUGGUCAACAUAACAAAGGAAAUUUGGGAUAUCACCACAGACAAGAAACUGGCCAAGACUUUCUUCAUCUCCCCAGCGGGUAACAUCUGCUUCUAUGGGGAGUGCUCCUACUACUGCUCCACCGAGCACGCCCUCUGUGGCAAACCGGACCGGCUGGAGGGCUCCAUGGCUGCCCUGCUCCCUGACAAGACCCUGGCCAAGCGCCAUUCCUGGCGCAGCCCCUGGCGCCGCUCCUACCACAAGAGCAGGAAGGCCGAGUGGGAGCUGAAUCCCAACUACUGCGCUCAGGUGCGAGAGACACCACCCUAUGACAGGGGCCAUCGCCUCCUUGACCUCAUCGACAUGACGAUCCUCGAUUUCCUCAUGGGCAAUAUGGACCGGCACCACUAUGAGACCUUUGAGAAAUUUGGGAAUGACACUUUCCUGCUCCACCUGGACAAUGGUCGCGGCUUCGGCACGCACUCACGCGAUGAACCGUCCAUCCUGGCCCCUCUCCAGCAGUGCUGCAGCAUCAAGAAGUCCACUUACCUGCGUCUGCAACUGCUGGCCACCCAGCCCUACCGCCUGAGUGAUGUGCUGCGAGAGGCACUGGCUGCAGAUCCACUGGCCCCUGUCCUAGCUGAGCCCCACCUGCAGGCACUGGACCGGCGCCUGGGGAAAGUGCUAGUGGUGGUGGGACACUGCCUGGCCAGGGCAGCUCACCAGCAAGAGGUGUUGGUGGAUGAUGUGGGGUCAUGGGUGUGAUGAGGGGCUGGGUACCCUGCUGGAUUGGGCUGUUUUGGUGUGCUGUCGAGGAUGAUGUGGGGAUAGAUGUGCAGCUUUGAUUCUUUGUAGCAUCAGCUUUUGGUGGCGCCAGAGCUGGUGGUGUGAAGAACAAGGAAAGCAGGUUGUAAGGAUAGCUGGGACAGGGAGGAAAUUUAAAUAAAAAGGUUGGCCUAGUGGAGAAGACAUGAGCUGUGAUCUUCCCCACCAAGGCUGCUUUCCCAGCCCUGGCCUGUCCCUGCAUGCCUGGAUGUGUUACUUCAGCCCUCCAAAGCCUUUUGGGAAAGGGUAGGGAUUUUUCCUGCCUUUCCACAGCAAGAGCUGCCAAACUGGAACAGCUGGCAAUCUCCUUCUGCCCCACUCCCACCCCUAGCAUGAUGAUGCCCUGGUGACCCCCAAAAAGAGAGCUGAGACUCCCCACUGCUGGUGUGGGGAAAAUGAGGCAGAAGCUCCCAGCUGCACACCACUUACCUUUGCCCCAGUUUUCCCACAUCUAUUCAAAAAUUCCUACAGCUCUGGCAUCACCACCUCCUCUACAGGACCAGGGAUGCAGCAAGGACAAACACCACUCCCCUCAGGACAUCUUUCCAAAUCUCCCGGGAACUGCCACUGACUCCCUUCACAUCUGAAAAAGUGGCUUCUGAGGAGGGGAUGGAUUGACCUGGGGCUGUGCACCCUACUUAGUGCCUGGUGGCUCAGCACCCAGCUUAUCCCCUGAGCCUCUAGGGGGGUGUUAAUCCAUGCAGGGUUAUGUCACUUGGAGCAGGUGCCAUUGUGACAGCUACUGCCAGCAUACCCAGGUUGGGACACGGGAUUGCCAUCUGCAUGGCCAGAGGUAAAGGUGCCACUGGAGAGGGGAGAUGUCAUCCCAGCCAGACACUUGCAAAGGGAUGGGAAGCCACGGGAAAGGGUGAAAAAGGGCAGCUGGCACAGUGGGAGAUGGAGCUGGAAAAGCUAGGCAGAGAUUUUCACUGGAACAAAAAAUGGGCUCAAAAGGAAGGAAAAAAAAAAAAGAAAGAAAGAAAAGGGAGACAAAGAGGAUCUGUGUGUGUUACGCAACGGGGCUGGGGACGCUGAAUUGGGGUUUGUUGCCGUGUGCCCCCCCCAAUGCUGACAGCACGUCCUCCUGCCACUGCCCUGGCUUGUGCCCCAAAGCCCAGCACACGGAGGAAAAGGUUUCACGGUUCUUUUGCAAUAGGUUCCUUCCCUUUUGCCAGCUUCGGGUUUUUUUUACUCUUUAUAUAAAUACCUUUUUGCCCCAUAUCUAAAGCCAGGGGGACCAUUCCUGCACCAUGGCUCACAGACAUAGCCUAAACAACCGCAUCCAGACACAGGUAGCCAGUUGUCCUGACUCUCAGAGCUCCAUCAGACAAAUCUUUUUCCAAGGCGCCAUCAGAUUUUAAAGGCGGGGUGUGGGAGGGUGGCUGUUUUUUUCAGCCUGGUGAGUUUGCACAAGGUCCCAGCUGUGCCGCAGCGGUUCAAGGUCCUAUGGGAGCAGCUUUGGCUCACACGCCCCUGACGAAUCUGCUCAGCCACCCGUGGGAAAGAGCGAUGGCAGCGGGCUGUCUGGGGCCAGUGGCCCAGGGAGCAGAACACACCUGCCCAGUCGAGGCGGCGCAGGCACACGGGUGUCGAGCAGGGCUGCCCACGCCCCAGGGAUACAGGUUCGGCCGUGUGGUCGUGACCGAUGGUGCUUGGGGUGCGGAGACAUCCCACCCCACCAGGACCAGCAAACCAGCCAGCCCAGCAAAGCCCAAACCGGGCUGGGGUGCAGCUCUGCACCUGGGAGCUCCCAUUUUGGGCUGGCAUCACCCACGCCCUUGGCUGGCAGCGUGGGCUGACUGCUGCCUGUGCUGGGCAUGGCGGGAGGAACCCCGGGGCUCAGGUGUUUGGGGACCAGGUCCCGGUGGGCCUUCAUCAUUGCUCCCCCCCAAAUGAUGAAAAUAAAAUAAAAUUAAACAAAAGGAUA